UACCAUGCGACCGGAACGAGUGUGGAUCCGAUGCCGUGUGUUACAAGAAUGCCAAAGGGAGCAACACGUGCGCUUGUAACAGUGGUUACACCAUGACUCCCUUGGGCUGCAAGGAGCCAUGCGCUGUGAACAAAUGUGGAGCGAAUGCCUUCUGUUACAAGAAUGCAGGAAUGAGUGACACAUGUGGUUGCAACAAUGGGUUCACCAUGACUUCCAAUGCUCGCUGCAUCGACUCGUGCAUUGUGCAGAACUGUGGUGGCAAGACCACCUGUGUCAAGGGCACAGGUGACCAGGCAUGGUGCAUUUGCAAGCCGGGCUUCAGAAAUGUGUCUGGGGCAUGCAUCGCCACGUGCCGCGAUGUGAAGGACUGCAAGAAGACCACUGGCUACUGUGUUGAUGGACUCUGCUUGUGCAAGCCUGGCCUAAUCGUGCUCCCCGAUGAGACUUGUGCCUUACCAUGCGAUCGGAACGAGUGCGGAUCCGAUGCCGUGUGUUACAAGAAUGCCAAAGGGAGCAACACGUGCGCUUGUAACAGUGGUUACACCAUGACUCCCUUGGGCUGCAAGGAGCCAUGCGCUGUGAACAAAUGUGGAGCGAAUGCCUUCUGUUACAAGAAUGCAGAAAGGAAUGACACAUGUGGUUGCAACAAUGGGUUCACCAUGACUUCCAAUGCUCGCUGCAUCGAUGAGUGCGAUCUCUGUGGUCCCAAUGCUACGUGUGAGAUUGACCUUCAAAGUGGAGCCAAAACCUGCCGUUGCAACAAUGGUUACUACAUGCUACCGAAUAACACCUGUGCCGCAACAUGCCUCGUCACGGGCUGUGCCAUUGGUUCUAGCUGCGUUAACAACGCUAUUGAAGACAUGUAUUGCGCCGAUAACUGUUAUCUCAAGGGAUGCCACGACACGGCCAUGUGUGUCAAGGACCCUGCAUCUGGAAAGGCAUCCUGCCAGUGCAGCGCAGGCUUGAUCAUGCAAUCUGAUGGCACUUGCCAAGUGUGUGGCACCGACAGUGACUGCCCAAUGCACGCCUAUUGCAGCGGUGGUGUGGAGUGCGUUUGCCAACCCGACUACCCAUGGAACGGCACUCAUUGCACUGACCCCUGCGAUGGUGUGAAGUGCAGUCCCAAUGCUUACUGCAGCGACGGUCAAUGCGAUUGCAACAACUACUAUAGCCAGCUGUCAGAUGGCACUUGCUCUGAAUUGUGCGUGCUUCUGAACUGUGGCUCUAGGGAAAUGUGUAUGGAAAAUGACGGCGUCAACGGCGAGUCAGUCUGCAGAUGUGCUCCUGGAUACGUUGGGGAGCCUGGAUCGUGUGCUGAAACAUGCGAUGUGCCGAACGUGUGUGGCGAAUGGGGGAUAUGUGUCCCUAAUGAAGGCAGUAUUACCUGUGAAUGCAUAGAUGGAAGCGUCAGGGUUGCUGGCUCUUGUGUCGAAUCAUGUGAUAACACGAGGUGUGGCGAAUCGGAAGUAUGUGUCCCGCGGGAAAGCGGUCCCACAUGUGACUGCAUCAAUGGAACCGUCAGGGUGGCUGGCUCUUGUGUCGCGACGUGCGACAUCACGAAGAACGAUUGCAAUGUGAAUGCCACUUGCACCAAAGUUUCUGGAAACGUGGGAGUGUGUAAAUGCAAUGCUGGUUUCCAGUCAAAUGACGCCUCAUGCCUUGUGUGUGUCAACAACAGUGAUUGCCCCAUGCAUGCCUAUUGUGAAGCUGGUGUGCAGUGUCUUUGUGAAACCGGCUACCCAUGGAACGGCACCCAUUGCGCUGAUCUCUGCAAUCAUAUCAAAUGUGGCCCCAACUCUUUCUGCAAGGCGGCUAUUUGCGGAUGCAGCGACAACUAUAUCAUGUCGCCAAAUGGCAUUUGCGCUGAGAAAUGCACUGUGAACAACUGCGGAGCAAAUGCCUACUGUUACAAGAAUGCAACAGGGGGUGACUUGUGUGGCUGUAACGAUGGGUACACCAGGACUCCCAAUGAUGGCUGCAUCGACUCGUGCGUUGUGAAGGGAUGUGGUGCCAACACCACCUGUAUCAAGGGCAAGCAUGACCAGGCAUUCUGCCUCUGCAAGCAGGGCUUCAGAAAUGUGUCUGGGAAAUGCAUCGAUGUGUGCGAUCUCUGUGGUCCCACUGCUACAUGUGAGUCGGACCAGCAAAGUGGAACCAAAACCUGCCGUUGCAACGACGGUUACUACAUGCUACCGAAUAACACCUGUGCCGCAACAUGCAUCGUCACGGGCUGUGCCAUUGGUUCUAGCUGCGUUGGAGACGUUGCUGAAGAUAUGUACUGCGCUGAUAAUUGCAAUUUCAAGGAAUGUCAAUACGCGGCUGUGUGUGUCAAAGACGCUUUAUCUGGAAAGGCUUCCUGCCAGUGCAGCACGGGCUUUACCAUGCAAUCUGAUGGCACUUGCAAAGAUGACUGCGAAACUAAGGACUGUGGUGAGCGAGGAGUGUGCGAGCAUGACCCUGUCACUUUAGAAGCCAUCUGCAUUUGCUUUAUGGACGGCACCGUCAUGCUGCCAAAUGGGACUUGCAUUGACAAGUGCUGGGAAAGGUGGUGCUGGCCUCCAGCCGUUUGUCGUGGCGAUAUUACCUGCACAUGUGGCGAUUACAUGAUUGGCGAGCCUGGAUCUUGUCUCGCAACAUGCGAUCACCCAGACGUGAAUUGCAGCGCAGAAGAAGACUGUAUUCCUCCAAGCAUGGAGAAGCGGACCCAUGCUAAAUGCGUGUGCAAGGAUGGAUACCUUCGCAGAGAGACACACGUUUGUGCCCCAACAUGCAAGAUUCUGGCCGAUCCGUAUAGUCCAACACCGUGCGGUUUUUUGGAAGAAUGCCGUGAAGACCUCCCGAACGGGAUCGCUGGAAGCUGCGAGUGUGUGGCUGGAUACUAUCGCCACAACGGAGAGUGUGCUGACUUUCUUCGUGACGAAUGCACCGCUGACAACUGUGGUAAUGGCAAUUGCGUUGAGCACUAUGACAACUACUGGUGGUGGAACAACAAUACGCCCUUUCAAUACUGCAAGUGCAACGAUGGUUACACGCCGGAUCCAGUCUCUGGAAAUUGCAUAGAAUCAUGCCCGGCCAUGCCAUGUCCAUAUGGACACCUUUGUGACACAUCUGGACUCUAUCCGGUCUGUAAGAAAGUUAACUGUCCGGUUAACUGUCCUCAUAACUGUGUUUGGAACUCACAGAUGAGCAUCCAAGCCUGCCCAAACACCUGUGAAGCCAUAAAUUGUGGACCAUUGGAAGAAUGUGCGAUGGUGGGAGGCGUGCCAACCUGUAAAUGCAGGAGCGGAUACGUCGGCCAGGCGGGAUCGUGUGCUGCAACAUGCAAAGCUCUCUAUUGUCCCCUAAACCAACACUGUGUGGAGAAAGUCCCUGGAGGCGCUGGGACUUGCGAAUGCGCUGCAGGAUACGUCGCGCGAGGCAAAUACUGUGAUGCAACCUGCGCAGUCUAUGAAUGCGGUCAAAAUGAAGUAUGCGAGAUGGUGAACCUCAGGCCAACGUGCAAGUGCAAGCCAGUAUAUCUUGGGGUCCCAGGAUUUUGCAAACCACCUUGCUCAAUACGAGUCUGUGGUCUCAACGAGGAGUGUGUGGAGCGCGAAGACACGUCAUACUGUCAAUGCAAGUUUGGAUACACGCGCGCUUCUUCUCACACCUGCGCGCCACAAUGCAUAUUCACGAAGUGUGGCCCCUUCGAACGUUGCAAAGAAACGGAUUACGGUGGACAAUGCAUUUGCAACUAUCCCGAAUACAAAGGCACGCCCCCGAAUUGUAAAGGAACAUGCGAGUCAACCCCUUGUAAUUACGACACUGAAGUAUGUGUCGACUCAAGUGAUGGCGCAGUCUGUGAAUGCGCAAAAGGAUAUGUACGGCACGAGGGCACUUGCACGGGAACAUGCGCAGUCACUCGUUGUGAUUCCGGUGAAGUGUGUAUUAAUAUAGGUGGAAUUGGAACUU